GCAUAAGUUUAUUAAAGAAAUAUUUAAUACAUCAAUUUUGGAUAGAAUUUCGAAGUUUAACACGUGUUUAUUUGUGAAAAAUAAAAACCUCAUUUUAAUGUGUUCAAGUAUUUUUAUAUUAAAUAUUAAAAAGUCAACAUGAAGAAAAUAUAUCACGUUAAAAUGUUGUCAGCCACAAGAAUUAUCGGUAUAUGCAAUAUGAUAAUAUUGGGAUUUACAACGAGCUUGUUUUCGAUAAAAUACAUAUCAUCAAAAACGGAAAUUGACUUUUAUAUCUUCAUUCAAUACUUGAAUCCAUUUGGUUCAAUUUGGUUGCAUCUUUUUAUUACGUCCAAUUCAACAAACAUAUCUAUCUUCCCCAUGUAUAUAUAUUUUUUCUUCGCAACAUUGUUUUCCAUAGCCAAUGUGUAUCUGAUAAUAGCACCAUAUUUUAGGAAAUCUACGUAUACUAUUCCCUGGCUAAUCAUACAAACAAUAAGUAUAAUAAAUCAAAGUAUAUCAUUCAUUCUUUCCUUUGUGCAAAAUUUAUCGCGAACAGAACCACCAUUUUUUAUUUAUUCAGAAAUUUGGUUUUUUCCAAUGUCAGGUUUAUAUCUUAUAUUUUCUAUAUAUUCAUGGUCUACUGUGAAUGAUAUUCGGAAAAAAUGGAUAAAAGAGCAAUCUAAUCAUCGUAGAUUCUUCACACUCAAUAACACAAAUGACAUCAAUGAUGAAAGUUAAUAAUGAUUACGGACAAAACUGGCCAUCAUUUCCUUCUGCUUCUUGGAGAAAUAUGGAGAAACUCGAUUAUAUAAAUUGGAAAAAACUUUUCGUUCAACGACUGCAAGCAUGAAGGACACACACGGUGGGGUACGCGACGUGGUUGGUUGGCGGUGCUUUUAAAAAGAACUGAGCGAGCCAAUUUGUAAGCUGUCGCAAACUUUUAAAACACUAGUUGACAGCCGAGUCCACCCCCUCGCAACUUGUGCACCCUCCUCGACACUCGUCCAACCAUCCAGAAGGAAUCCAACCACCAUUCGACGUCUCUCUCUCGUUCUUAGACCGGGCGUACCAGCGAAACUCACCCCUCCGUGUCGUGGAAGCCGAUGGAUUGUAAAAUAAAACUAACUUGGCUCUUUCGUGGAUCGAGAACGGAGUACCGUCGAAAUCUUAUUCCCUCGGGUCUCUUUUAUUUUCGUGUACCCCUUUUUUUUCACCAAUCACUGGUCCAAUCGGGAAAAAGAAACUCUCCGUAAAGAGAGUAGAUACGUACUUCUUAAGGGUAAUUAUUCGAAUUCAAGUUUAAAUCGUUCGAAAGAAUUAUUUUUCCUAUAUUUCGUAAUUUUUUUUUUUUUUUUCUUAACAAUCGAAUGAAAGAAUGAUGCUUAUUCGAAGGAUGAGCAGAUAUUUAUCGAAUAUUUAAUUCGAAAAGAGAUAGUUUUUCACGCGCGUACCGUUCACUUUAUUUUUCUCGAUAUCUUCGCACAAGUUGAAAUACUUUUACGAGUAUCCAAGGGUUAAGGAGAAGGGUAGUCACACGCAUGACGUACAUAAAGGGUGGCGGAGAUGUAAUUAAUCUUCUUGUAUGACACUUUGGCUGGUUACGGGGCAAAGCUUGCCAGAAGCCAGAACACAACAUCCCACUUAAGCUCGACGCCUAGAAAACAAUUAAUACGAAAUUGAUUAAUAAUUAUUGCGUCCCAGUUUCGAUACUCGUGGCAUGGUCUCUAGACUCGCUAGUCAUCUAAUCGCCAAAAAAAUAAAUUCUUUCAUCAAUGUUAAGUUAUUCGAACUCGUGCAGUGAUACCUUUCCUCCGAUCAGUUAUCCAUAAGGAUAAUUUUUAAUUCGAAAAUUAUCAUUCAUCAUUACGAACGUUAUUUUACUUUGACAUAAUUAUUGAAAAGAAAACACUAAUCGAUAAAUGUUUGUUUCAAUUUUUAAUAAAUUUUUCAAAUUUUUUGCAGCUGUUUCCCUGUGAUUUGAUAUUAAAAUAUCAAGGAACAAAUUUAUCAUUGUUCCCUUAAUCAAAAGUUAGUUUAGACACAAGAGAGAUGUUGCAUUUUUAUUCCACGAAUCUUACACGAUUUAACAUUUUUUAGAUGUGAAAUCACCUGAAGAACUGUCAAAAAUGGACCUAUCUCCCCUUAGCCGAGAUCCACAGAUUCCAUUCGAUAUUUUGGCAAAUAGAGGCAGUGGUGAGUCGAAUCUUUAAACCGUCUGAGGGGGCCGGUACGGAGUGGUCGGUACGAGGAACGGUUCCACUCCUUUUGUGACAUUUAUUUGUUCGCCGCCAAAAACGGACAGUCGAUUUGGCAUUACUUUUCCAGACAGACAGAUUUUAUUGAUCUGCCGCUGUUCGUGCUCUGCUCCCGAACGAGAGUUGGAAAGAGCGAGAGGGCAAAAAGAGGAGCGGAACAGGAGCGAAAGAGAGGAUGAUAGAACGGCGGAACUGAACGCCCCAUAAAGCUAACCAAUGCUAAUACUUCGCAUCUCCGCAGUGGCGUCCUUUCGCGAUCGCGUACCUCGUGCUAUCGCUCGUUUAAUCGGACAGUUUGGAAAAUACGAUUCGACGCCGCUGCCCUGGACCGGAAUCGGCAAUAAACGCGUAACCGAGCCUAAUUCGUAAUGUUGGCUCAGUCAUUGUGGCCCAUUGUGAACUCUCUUCCCCUGUUAUUCAGGGGCUACGAGUAUAAUGGUGGGGUUAUCACAGGAAACUGGCAAGUAACGACAAAGUUCAGGAGCAUGAAUCAAUGAAUAUUAUUCGGGAAACGAACAAAGGCGGGAAAUCGCAUUCUUUUCGAAUUUCUUUGCAUCGAAACGGGGGCGGCACGUGCUCGUCCUUUUUUCCCUUUUCUGAAAGAUGGAUGGACAACGGGGAGCGGCGGAAAUAAAUUUGUGAACACGAUGGACGACGUAGCACAAUAACUGCGUUUAAUACUACAUUAAACACGAUACAGAGAGAGAGAAUCUACCCCGCGACCACCGUGACCAAGUUUCUUGGACAAUACACGAUGGCUGUAUUAGUGGACGAGGGAUGAAAAUUUAUACGCACGUGAUCACGGAGUUCGCGUGUAAACAUCUUUGCGCUUUUCUCAUACAUUUUUAUCUCUGAAAUUCACAUCAUAUAAAUCAGUAAAGGAUACGUCAAGAUUUUCGUCAAUCAAUUAAAUGGACGAAGAUUAAUUAACGACGAUCAUCCAGCACGAAAAUUCGAAUGAACUUUUAUGAACGUAUAUGUUGCGUUCUACGAAAUUUCGUUAUAUUUUCAAUCUUUUAAUUAUUUUCUAAAAUUAUUAUAGAAAGGUUCUAAUCAAUUCUCGGAACGAAACGACAGACACACGAGGUUACGAGCUAACCCGCUGUUAUUCUUCUAAUAUGUAUGUUUCUUAUGUGCGCCGGUAAAAGGGCUUCGUGCAAUUUCCUAUGAUAGAUCGAGUCCCGCGGACAAGUUCCAUUACGGCCAGCCUCUGAAUUAUUGAACUGGCAAUUCCCUGGCGACACGCGGGACACCCUGCAUCAAAGUGUCAACGGGCUCAUUAAGUCUCCAAAUCAGCUACAGAAAACGAAAAUGGACAUCGCAACAACAAAAGUAAUCCUCCUCUAUCGGAUCUAAGUAGCCAUCUCAUCGAAUGCAACCCCAGCAAUGCACGAACAUUGAAUUAUUGAAUAUCUGCAACAUAUUGACCUAUAUAUAUAUAUACAUACAAAAUUUAUUACCAAUUGAUAUCGAAUUACUAACAAAUCUAAAUUUUUUUUUAGAUAAAUACACAAUAAAUAACAACUUUCAUGAAGGAGGAACAUUCCUUAAGAACGAAGCCAUCAAUGAUUCUACUAUAAGUAUAAUCGAUUCAUCAAUCUUUUACAUCAAUAUCGAACAUU